CUUGGGAAAAGGAAAACCCCCGCACUUUGUGGCGGGGGAUCCGGAUUGUUCACUUAAUCAAUCACUUUCUCAUUCCCCUGUUGACAGACCUAGAUCGUCAUGGCCGGGAAACCUGCAGCUCCUGUCAUUGCCUUUGACUUGUACGGUACCUUGCUUUCUACGCAGUCUAUUGCAGCCCGUCUGGCCGAGCUGGUGGGCUCGCAGGAGAAAGCUGCCCAGAUUGCCACGACAUGGAGGAAGUAUCAGCUCGAAUACUCGUGGCGGCUGACCUGUAUGGGUCACUAUGAUACUUUUUUCAAUAUCACGAGAAACUCCCUAGUCCACGCGCUGUCAGAGGCACAUGUCGAUCUACGGGAAGACGUCGUGAAUAGGUUGAUGGGAGAAUACGACCAUUUAUCUACCUUCUCCGACGUGGAACCGGCACUCCGCAAUCUUUCUACGAGACCUGACAUCAAAGUCGUUAUAUUUUCGAAUGGAACACAGGAGAUGGUAUCCAACUCUGUCUUCCGAUCCAAAGACCUUUCGCCGCAUGCGACUGUCUUUAAGGAUCUGAUAACUGUCGACGAAAUCCAGAAAUACAAACCAGCGCCGGAGGUCUAUCAUCACCUAUCUCAAAAGGUGGGCAAAAAUAUGGAAGAUAUAUGGUUGAUCAGUGGCAAUCCAUUCGAUAUUAUCGGGGCGACGAAGGUCGGUAUCAAGGCCGCGUGGCUGGAUCGCAGCAACAGCGGUUGGGAAGACUGCGCAGUGCCGACACUGCGCCCGCGGAUAAUCAAAAACAGCCUAGAUGACAUUAUCAAAUUCAUAAUUGGCGAGCAUACAACGUAAUUAGACCGGGCGCAGAUGCAAAGGAAUUGAACUGAGAUUGGAUGUUGCGCUGUAAUUAUUUCCAAAAUCCUCCAUAUGACAUGAAAGUUUCGGGGUAAGUAGCAGCGACUGUCAUUCUGCCCUUUCAUUUCCCCUCCAAGAAUUCCAUGAGAGCAAAAUUGGAAUGCGGAGUGAAUAGAAAGGGUGAUGUUUUAUGAAUGAUUGAAGAAGGAAAAGGAAGAAGUUGAGCAGCGCAGAAAAUUCGGGUUUUUAUGUGCGCUUAUCGAUAAGCAGAGCUCUCACAACCACAACAACAUCCAAUUUAUUACAAGUAUACGCAGGUACUUGAUAUGUAUUGCCAGGCAUUAUUGUAGAUUAUUCAUUAUAAUAUUGAACUUACCCCC